AUGAAUAAAAAUGGCGUUAAAGUUAUUAAAUGGGUUGACAAAAGGCAACUUCUAAUGCUAUCUACUCUCAAAGAGGACAAAGAUGUGCUUUUCAACACUGGAAAAAAAAAUAAGAAGACGAAUGAAGAUAUUAAAAAGCCUACAUGUGUCGUUACGUAUAAUAACAACAAAAAAGGAGUUGACUUUAGCGACCAAAUGUCUUCAUACUAUUCUACAUUAAAAAGAGGGCUCAAAUGGUUCAGAAAAGUGGGUAUGGAAUAUUUGUUUGGCAUGGCGUUAGUAAACGCGUGGAUCACAUACAACAUGAAAAAUGAUAAGAAGGUUUCAAAAAAAGAAUUUACAGAGGCAUUAAUGCAAUCAUUAACUGGAAAAAGUAUAUUAUGCCCUGAUAAAAAUCAAGUAAUACCUAAGGACAAUGACCAUGUCCUUGAGAUGAGCGCUAAACGAAGAAAUUGUGCAGGGUGCUACGACAGACUGCGGAAAACCUUGAAUAGUACCCAAGCAAAAAAAAAAGUUAAGAAAAUAAAAAAAUAUUGCAGGAAAUGCAACCAAAACCUUUGCGUAAUAUGUUUCCAGGACAGGCAUAAGUAAAUAAAAACAUUUUUCAGUUCUUCAACGAUAAUUCUGUUUUAUUUUCGAUAUCCCCUUAUUUUUCUCUGUCCCAUCACUACUAAAAAUACUUUCUAGUGCGGUUCAGGUCGAUAUCGGCCUGCCGCUUUUCCUGCUUUAUUUCUCAUUUCCUGUUUGGCAGAUCCCGGGGCGAAUCAAACGUAAGGAAGUUGGGUUCAAGGUCAUUCUAACAAUAUAAAAAAAAAAUGCAUACAUUAUGUUUCCACAAAGUUAUAGCAGUUUAAUCU